UCCGUCUGUCCGGUCCGGUCGGUUUCGAGUUCGAGAGCCAAGUGCGAGAAAGAUUAUAUCCCUUUCUAAUUUCGGACCAAUAAUGCGUCUGAUGUAGAGAGAUUCAGCACGGUAGAAGUUACCGCGAGGAGUGUUUCGAAAGUUUGUCAUUAUAUUGGACGAAAGGAACUUCACGCUUUACCGCAUGGCAGAUGGUAUCAGAAAGAGUGAUUUUUCUCGAACGUGCAUCAAUACACAUUGAGGAAAUGGUCUUCGUCGCAUUUUAUUUUUGUUAUUGAUCACUACGUGGAGUGUGUUUUGUAGUGUGAAUUAUAUAAUCCUUGAACUAUGUUGUGUUUAUCAAAUUUGUAUAACAGUUAAUACCAUAUAAAAAACAUAGAAUCCUUGUAGCAUCUUCAGCCAAUAGAACACAACAAUUAUUCGCUAUGGUGAGUGGACGCCCCCUCUUGUAUCUGUCGCUGCCAAGUUUAGCCAUCAUUAUCGGUUUGGUGUGGUUUCGCCGAAAGAAAUUUAUUGGCUUUGAUUCGGGCGGUAAAACUCCAGCGGAGGAAAAAAGUGAAGGCGUUGAAACAGCUGAUAAAACAGUCCACGCGGAAGAUGAAUGUCGUGCAAUCGAUUUUGAAACAUACCGAAUCUUUGCCUAUAAAUCCAUCGCCGAACGACAAAGACGAGUCUAGCAAAAACCAAUCAUCGUCGUCGUCUUCGUCGUGUAGUGGAAAAUCUGCCCCAAUUGACAUCGUAUCCAAUACAAGAAGCCCGCCCAAGUUUUCAGAUCAACAGUUGGACGCCGAACUGCUCAAGUUGAAAAUCGAAGAAUCGGAUAUUAGAAAUCUACGUUUGAUUGAGGAACAGGACGACUUUUCUAGCUUUGAGUCGCCGGUCAAUCUACCAGGGACAGUUGACCGUUUCCAAAAUUUCAACAAGUUUGACAAAUCGUUCGAACCCCAAAUGGAGCCGGUUGUCGUAAAAGCAAGUAUGACGGCUAAAAUCUCUCCUAAAAAUUCUUUUGCCACUGAGCUGAGUUCAUCAACAGAGUCGCCGGAAUCAUGCAAUGGUACCGUUGAAGAUGCCCAUACGCAGGACAUGGUCAAUAACAAUUCCGCAAGGGAAGAAGCGGUAGAACAUGAGACGGAAACUGUGCGAGCCACACACAAUGAAGACACCGUUAAUAAUAACGCGAUGAAUGAAGAAAAUGGUGAGGAACCUCAUUCCCCGGUUGCAAGUCCUCCACUUAGCGUCUGUAGUAUGCAUUCAGGUGAUUCCGGUAAGGGAUCCAGCCCGCCACAAUCGGAGUGUGCGCCAGUCACCAGCUACGAUUUCCUCCUACCCGUGUACCUGGUGUCGAAGUUGCUUGGACGAAAAGCCGGCUUCGUUCAACUGAUCAAGGCAAAAACUGGUGUUAAUGUCUUGAUUAAACGCAAUCCCGAAACCCACAAGACAAAAAUUUGCUCAUUAGAGGGAACACAAGCCGAAAUCGAUAAUGCUUUAGCUUUGAUUCGCAGAAAGUUCCCGGAAAAAAGGUUCUCCGCAUUGACAUUGCAGCGGGUGCAUGUAGGCCAAACAGAAAACGUUGUCCCCCUACCAUUGAUAGACACUACUUGUUUUAACCUGCAACUGGUUGAAGGAAUCAACAACGAUGUGACCGUGUGCUCGAUAGUCAACGGAGGUCACGUUUUUCUACAGCAACCACUUCAUCCUUCGUAUCCAUCUUUGAACACCAUGCAGCAGUGCAUGAAUCAGAGCUACAAUACGAUUGAAGCGCCACAGCUACCUGAGAUAACAGAAAACUCAAUCUGUGUUGCUGUGGUUCAGGACAGCUGGUAUCGUGUUCAGAUCGUCUCACACAAUGCGGAGGAUCAAUACUGUUUAGUUAAAUAUUUAGAUUAUGGAGGUUACGCCAGUGUACCAGUUACUAACCUAAGACAAAUCAGAACGGACUUCAUGGGAGUACCGUUCCAGUCCAUCGAAUGUGUGCUGUCUAAUGUUAAACCAAACGGUGAUUCUGGAUGGACUCCUGAAGCAUCGGAAGCUCUUUGCAGCUUAACUAAAGGUUUAAUUCUCCAGGCUCAGGUGGCAGGUUACACCGCUGAAGGAUUGCCCGAAGUCUACUUAUUCGCAUCAUUAGCUAGAGAUAAUGUAAUAUUUAUUAACAAAGAGCUGGCUGCCCGCCAGCUGGCAGUGUGGGAGGAAUAAACAGACGCACUGUGUUCUUCGGAAGAAACCUCAAUGGCUGAUUUAUGGAUAAGUAGUAAACAAUGAAUAAAUCGUUAAACAUAACUAAAACCUUGCUGAAAAGUUUUCGCAAUGGAAAUAAUGAGUUUGUGAACUUGAAGUUAUUAUACAAAACAGAACAACUACACAACCUUUUAGAUGCUUAUGAUAAUAGUUGCGUAUGAUUAUAGCGCUAGCAGCUAGUGGAAAAUGUAGAGCUCUCGUCGAGAUAUGAACAAACCAUCAUACACAUCCAGAUAAUGAGGAAGUACGAGUACGGCUAAAAAGGAUAUAAAAUGUAUAAAAUUAAAUACACGUAGGGAGAAAAUACACAGAGCAAUCUUAUUACAGCAAAAAGUUUUGAAAAGCAAAGUUUCUAACUAGCAUAUAGGUUUUAAGAGAAAAUGUACUGAUUUGUUAGGAUUAAAUCAUAUGAUAACUCUUACUUUUAAGUUUUCAUCGAUUUUCCUUUCGUAGUCAAAACUAUAUGCAAGUUCAAAAUUUCAGAAACCGAACACUCUUUUAACUGUUUGAAGUUGUGUAGAAUAAUGAUUUCUUUCUUUUGAAUAUGUUAUGUGAACUCAGGCAAUUAUAUGUUUUAUAUAUUUUCAAUACUCGUCCUCAACGAUAGGUACACAAACAAAACAGACAGGUCGCGUGUUCUUUCUGCUCUUGAAAAUGGCAUUCGUUUAUUGUUAUUUUCUUUUAUUUUGGGGAUUACAAUAAAAUGUGUAUGUAAAUAGAUAACUAUUUCUAUGUAUAAGAUAUUAGGAAGGUUUUUCAAAAUCGUGAUAGAAUACAAAGUAAAUUGCGAAAACCGGUUUGACAUGCAGACUACCAAUCGAGAAACAAUCAUUUCGAGUAAAUCCUCUUUUAAUUCGUUUCGUUGUAUCAUAACUACAUAUACAGUUAAAACCAUAACGUUAAGAUAUUCCUGUGAUUAUUACAUACAAAGAACAAGUAAUUAUGUUGGUAAACAUCGAUUUGUCCAGAAUCAAAGUUAUAUUUUGGGGACAAUACAAAUUGCUACCGAAUGGUAACUUUGCGCGCCAGUGGGGAUGUAGAGAAGAAAAUGUAAAGGUAGCUCAACGGUCGAUUUAAUGGCACCUGUGCGUAUAAAGCGGGUGGUGGAUUCAGCCAGCCAACUGAAGUGAGUGGCGAUGGGGACCGAAAUACCUGACCCGAAAACAAUGCACCAAGAGAGCAUCAUACGAUGGGGCUGGGAGUUUAGUGGAAAAUGAGAGUUCGGGAUCAGUCAGUGACAGAUUGCUCCGGACCAUAGAAGUGUGUCAGCUCGAAGUUAAAAAUCACAGCACGUGCCCCAGGAGAAGAAGUGUAGUUUUCGCACCGGGAAAAUUUGCUGGGCGGGUGACCCGAGAGUGCAUCAAAACCUUUGUGCGUCGGAAGCCUGCAAUUGUGGGAAACUAGUUGCGACCGACCAAUAUCCUAGCCAAUUAAUGAACACGUGCCUAUUGCGGGGCUACUAUCGUUGGUGAUAUUCGGUGCCCUAAUAUCAAGUACACCGAGGACGACCCAUUCGGGCGUCUGCUUCCAGUUGGCGCCACCAACCAAACACCUCGAAACUCAGAGCACGACACCGUUGCCGAGACACUCACGCCGCCCUCCGGGCGUCCUUAGCACUCUCCCAUCGGGAUCCGGACCGCAGCCCACGGAUUGGCAUUGGCCAUCUUGCUGCAUCUUGGUGUUGGCGGCCAUCCUCCGGCUGUAGCCCCGCCUCUGAAGAACACUGCGGCAUCGACGGCUCUUCAGGUACCCUACGACUCCCAUUCCCUAUGGUCCUGCGUCAGGGAUCGCUGUAAGAUUAAUUCGGUGACGGGGCCCCGUGCGGCGCCCGUAAUCCAACGUGCCGAGACCGCAACGACGACACCGUCGCCACCCCGAUUUAUCGACGCCCCUCCCGGAUGCAAAUAUUUGAAGGUAAUUUUUAAUCUUUUCGUUAGGACUUCCCCACCGAAAACUUCCCCAUCCAACUACGCCCUGGGACCCGGGAGACAAAGGAGACCCAUCCGGAAGCUGCUGUUGGCUAGUAACAGCAGCUUGAGGCUUAGGCACGUCCCCGUCUGGGACGUCGCAGCUUUCUCCCGGGGUCAAAAGUAGCGCCCACCGAGGGGAGGGUAGACUGAAACGACUGGCCUUCUAGAGCCCAGGUGCUCCUCUGUCGUUUAAUUGCGGUUCGAUUAUCAUUUCGAGAUCCCCUCCGAUUGCCGCUGGAAGAGAGGGAUGCCAAGUCAAUUUUUAAAAAAUCUGGAACAUUUUGAAAAUUUGUCUAGAAAAGUCUGGAUCUCUUACGUCGUAUAUGGAGAACCUUACAAAUUAUUUACAAAACCUUACAAAUUCAUCACACAUUUUAUCUGGAUCUUCCAGAUUUUUGUAAAAUGGAAUCUUAAAAAUCUGGAAAGUUGGAAACGCUGGGGAGAGGGCCAUCCCUCUUUUGCGACCAUUGUGCUUAUUCUGCGCGGCGUGUGAGGUGACACGAGUCGAAUGGGGUGACAAUUGUCGACUCGCUCCCAUUUGAUUAACAUUAGUCGUAUCACGUCACUCGCGGUGAGAGCGACUCGUCUCGACUCACACGCCGCGCAGAAUAAGCACACAUGUCUCGGAGUUGGGGGAAAUCUCGGAGUCCGCCCAGAUCGGCCAAGGCCUUCACGAGACCGGCUUUUGCGGCGGAGGUUGUGAUCUUGUCCAUAAUUUGUUUCGAUGUCUUUUGUGCAGACUGUUUGGUUCUGGAGUUGGAUUUUUUUGAUUUUUGUUUUUUUUCCUGAUGUUUUCGAAGAAAACGGUUCUGCUUUCAAGGGAUUCGAGAGGUAUACGAACAUUUAUAUUUGUAUUUUUCUUUGGUAUGGCUCCUGUAGAGGCAGAAAUCUGAGGGACUGUGGAUUUGGGGAAUGUCACCGGAGUAAUAGAGGUGGAUUUGUCCUCAUCAUUCCUGUCUUGGCGUGGAGGCUUAUAUACUGAACUGCCGAUUGACCCGACAAUUGAGGCUGAUGGUCACAGGAAGCUGCAAAGUGUAUUCCCCUAGGCCAUAGGUUCCCAAACUUUUCGAGUCAGCGACCCACCUAGCCGUCUGGCAUAUUCCUCGUGACCCACCACAUGAAAGUAUUGAUGAAAAUAGAGUACGAAGGUUCUUGUGCAUGACUACUACUGUACGUUAAAAAAAAACUGAAUCAAAAGUGCCAAGAAUAAGAUCCGGCUCACUUUAAAAGAAUUUUACAUAGAAAUUCAGGAGUCAUGAAAAAAAGUUUUUAGAUUUGUCAAAAUAUUAUUGAUUGUGAGUUUUAUUGGUUUAUCAACACUAUUCAACAAUUUUUUUUCUGAACUGAAAAUUUUAGCAUUGAGAGUGCUGUUUAUAAUUAAAAAACAAUGAACUGCCAGGUCGCGACCCACAGUUUGGGAAACUAUGCCCUAGGCGAAUGGCCAAGUCCUCGAUCAUCAUGAUGGAUUGGGCUAGAGCAGCACUAGCAAGAUUCACUUGGUUCGCAAAUUUUGCUGUCUUUUCUUGAUGAGCUCUCUCUCGUGCAAUAGCUUGCGCGAUUCUCUCCUCCAUAUUAUCGAUCAUUCCUACAGCCCGGUUGUAAAAUUCACCGGGGGAGCAUGGGAGAAUUUGAAUGAGACUUUUGCCCACACUGGCUGUAUAUUUGUGAAACAAGCUGGCGAUCACAGGCUCUACAGCCUUCCAGAUAUUGGAAGUCUCGGGGUCAGAAAACUGCAUUCCAGCGCGAACCAAAUCACGGAUAUAUUGCGCAUACCCGGAUGUGACUGAUCCCCGGUUUUCCAGCACGAACAUAUAUAUUUGCCUUUUUCUUUGGUAUGGUUCCUGUAGAGGCCAGGGUGACCAGCGCACCGGGAAAUCGGGAGAACCGGGAAAAAGCCGGGAAUUUCGAAUCACCGGGAGAAAACCGGGAUAUAUACGGGAAUUUCAAUUAGCCCCGGGAAAAUUUUGCAUACCGAGUAAUGUUUGAACCAGCACGAUCUAUACUUUAGUGGAUUUUUACAAAAGCUUCUGAAUUCGAAUCCUAAGUUAGUCAAUAAAGUCAAGAACAUAUUCUGUAUACAAAUGUUACCACUUGCUCAAAUCCAGUAAAUAAUUAGCCAGUAAAUUAAAAGCUGUUAAUAUAGAAACAUCUUGCGAAAAGUUUUCCAUAUAGUUUCAUGAAGCAUUUUAUGUUAAAAACUACAAUGUUUGGAUGUUAUAAAUUUCUCUAAGCAAGCUUGCAAUUCACUAAGAUCAAAUAAAAUGCGUUUACAACCUAUGAUACUCAUUGAAGAUUUGCCACUCGCUUCUUGUUUGGGGUUAGUAAAAAUAAUAUAAAAUUUUAUUCAUUUGCCCCGAGAAAAUGUUUUAGAUUUGUGGGGAUUAAACAACAACAAAUUUCAUGCUGAUGACCAUGGAACGAAAUGUUGAACAAUUGAUAAAUUCAGUUAUAUGUCUACCAAAUAUGUGACCGUUCAAAAUUUAAACUAUGAUUCAUUCAAAGAUUGAUUCUCGGGUCAAACUUUUUUUAACACUGAACUUUUUCAUAACAAAUUCCACGAUUACUUAGAAUGACCGUCAUAAAAUAUCGUUUCAAAGAUCAAACUGGAAUUUAGAAGAAUCAGUAUAAGCACAGAAAAUUUGAAUGCGAAGCAAAAUGUCUGAUUUUCGUUUACCCCUAAUAGAAAUGCAUUGUUUUAUGAUAAAAAAACUACCAAAAAAGUACUUGAAAGUCGUUUGAAAUGAUAAAAAAAAUCGUAGUAAUGUUUCUUAGCAUAUCAUUAAACCGGGAAUAUUUUUCAAAUACCGGGAAAAAACCGGGAGAAAACCGGGAAUUUGAAAUUGACUUUUCACUGGCCACCCUGAGGCAGAAAUCUGAUGGACUGUGGAUUUGGGGAGUGUCACCAGAGUCAUAGAGGUGGAUUUGUCCGCAUCUUUCCUGUCUUGGCGCGGACGUUUAUAUACUGAACUUCCUUUUUUUUAUUAUUAUCUAUUUAUUUGGUAGGCUCGAGGCGCCAUUAAGCAUUACAGAGCCGAAAUCAAUAAACUUACAAAAGUUUGAAAAUCAUUUGUUGUUCUUCCGAGCGGACUUCUUCGGUCGCAGCUCUACUGAACUUCCUAUUGACGCGACAAUUGAGUUUACCAAAUCAUUUUUGUUACGUCUUGUUGGGGUCGCUUUGUGUGUUAAGUGUAGGUACGCAAUGAUGUUUUAGAAACAAACACCAAACUUUUUCAGUUACGAGAUACUUAGUUUACUAUUAGAACCUCGGAGUCAUAUUUCUUUUGGAAUUAAAAAUCGUAAAAUUAUUACUAUUUCAAAAACUGAGUGACAUGCUGUACAGACAGAGUGCAGUAAUCUUAAUUUUCCUCUCCAUCUAUUUUAUGACCGUUUCUAUGAAAAUCAAUCAAGUGUUAAUCUCUAUAGCAUUCAUAUUUUGAUAGAAAUUUUAAUUAUUCAUCUCAAUUGGAUUAUUUUGGAUUUGAGGCUUAGAGGAAGGAGAAUAAGCGUUUGUAAACGUGAAAAUUUGAUUAGUGUAUUAUCUAUUGCACAUUGGAAAAUACCUAUUGUUCAUUUCGUUUCCAUCAGUCAGUUCCUCAAAAGUAGAAGAGAAAGAAAAAUAGUAAGAUAAAAUCGGACACAAAUUAGGAAACAGAAACAAACUAUUAAACUGUACAAUGGCGAAAUAUGCGUUUGAUUUUUGGAUGUAAGUCAUAGGUAGAAAUUCAAUCAACACCCAGUGUAAAUGAACAAAAAUUUAAUAGGUUCAUCAUCAUUUAAGAACUGCAGCAUAUAUGGUUUUAACAAACCCGUGCAGCUUCCUGGCUUAGUUUCCUUACAUUUUUCAACAAAACUUACAUUAUUUACAAACCGGAUUGGAAUUAUUAGUACGUUUUCUAAACUAAUUUGUUCUAAAUGCAUUGUUUUCAAACUAAAUCAACUCACAAUGUGACCGAUUGGCAAAAUAAUUAUAAAAUUCGAAAAAAGAUUUCCAAAUUCACUUUUAAAUCUUAAAAUGCAGUGCUUUCAUCAACCAUUCAAACGAAAAUAAAACAACUGCCUUUGGUUUAGUCAAGUUUAGUAUGCUUUUUUGUAUCGUUUUCAUCCACCAUGCUCGCGAUUCUGAAUCACAAAACUACGUUUUCGCCAACUUAGAUUCUGAGAGCUUACCAAGGCAUGUGAAGACGUACAAUAAACGCCACGUACUAGUAUGUUCUUUCAGUCACGCAGAACCAGGGUAGUUUAGGUUUUUGUUUAACCAUGAGGCGGAGGAUGAAAACGCCAGCAUCGCAUUGAACUUAUUUAAUCUUAAAAUGAUGGUUUUAAAAUGACUAAUUUUAUCAGAAAGAUCUUUAGGUGAACAAGCAUUUUUAAAACAAAAAAGGCUGCAUGGCUGGUAAUUUUUCUGAUUGAAAUCAGACAGUACAGUAGUUUUCGAUGAUUUACACUCGCGCUUUCAAAUUUUCGAAUCAAUGUUAAAAUGGUUUUGAAAAACCUAUGUUAUGUAAAUACAAAAGAAAUAUACAUAUAAACCAAUUUAUUUGACUA